AUGAAUAAAGUUGCUCACUAUGGUGUUGGGUUCGGGGCUGCGACACUGUAUGUUGUCCGUGAAGAUGAUCCAUACAUAGGUCGGCGCACAGGUUGGAACACUUCACUGGAGGAUGAUGAAAAUCUUUGGCUAGAAAAUCCAGAUGAUGGUAACGUGGGUGAACAUGGCGAUGAUAGCAGAGAUGGAAAUUCAAGUGAUGAAGCUGGAAACUUUACUGAAGAUGAGAGCAGUUGUGAUGGCAGAAGAACUAAUGUGGAUGACAAGAGUUACAAGAGAUUUGAAAUAGGUCAGGAGUAUAUGACUAUAGACAGCUUUAAGAGUGCUCUUCACAAAUAUGCAGUCAAGAAGAGGAGGGAUAUUAAGUACAAGAAGUCAGAAAAGAGUCGAGUGAUAGCUAUUUGCUCAAAUGGAAAGUGUCCUUGGAGGAUAUGUGCUACCAUAAACAGCAGCUCUCCAAGGGUAGUUGUCAGGCUGAAUCCCAAUUUCUCGGCUCAACAGCUACAAGAGAAGCUCUUGGCAAGAAACAUUAAUGUCCCUUGGUCCAAAUGCGAGAGGAGCAGAUUGGAUUGCUUGAGGAAAUUUGAUAGGGAGCAAGAUGAGCAAUUUUCUAGGCUGUUUGACUAUGUGUAUGAGUUGAAAAAAGCAAACCCUGGGUCAACAGUGGAACUGGUGGUGAAGGGAACUGAGUUCGAAAAGUUUUAUGUCUGUUUUGGUGCAUUGAAAACGGGAUGGAAAGCUGCGUUCGAGAAGGAAAAUACGCCAAACUGGAGGUGGUUUCUAGAGCAUUUGGCUAGUGAUUUGGGCCUUGAAACCGGCAAUGGUUUGACCUUGGCAAGUGAUCAGCAAAAGGGAUUGAUUGCAGCCGUUAAAGAGCUCUUACCAUUUGCUGAACACAGGAUGUGUGCUCGACAUGUGUAUGCGAACUGGAAGAAGAGACACAGUGGCGCAGACUUGGAGGAUUUGUUCUGGAGUGCAGCCGAUUCCUAUUAUCCCCUAGAUUUUGAGAGAAAGAUGCAAGCAUUAAAAGACUAUGAUGCCGUUGCACAUGCUGAUUUGAGGAUAUCUCUUUGGUGUCCCUGGUCAAGGGCCUUUUUUACGGAGUAUUCAAAGUGUGAUGCUGUGGAGAAUAACUUGGGCGAGUCCUUUAAUGCUAUAAGGAUUGCUCGAACGAAACCCAUAGUGGAGAUGCUUGAGGAGAUAAGGCGCAGGGUUGUGGUUAGUAAUGACAAGAAGAGGUUAGAAGCUGAGAAAGCUAAAGGUGUCUAUACUCCUAGAGCAGUUGCUUUGCUUGAUCAACAAAUCGAACUAGCUAAGGAUUGUAGGCCAUUGGGUUUUGGUUUAGGCAAGUAUGAGGUUACAUACGUGAAAAAUGAGGUACAUGAUAGGUUUGUAGUGCAUCUGCGAAACAAAACUAGUUGCUCCUGCAGACUGUUUGUUGUUAGCGGCAUUCCUUGUUGCCACAUAGCAUCAGCUCUAAGGCUGGAGAGAGGAGAAGAACAAGACCCUAAGACUAGGAUUAGUCAAUGGUUUACCGCAGAUAAGCUUAGGGCGUGUUAUUGUACACCGCUAGGACCAGUGAAUGGAAUGAAUUUGUGGAAAGUGACAACUGGACUAAGGGUCACUAGGCCACCAUUUGGAAGUCCUGGUGGAAGACCUCCUGGAAAAAACAGAACAAGGGAAAAGGGUGAGAAAAAGAAGGAGCCAGAGAAUGGAAAAAUGCCAAAACUAGGAAUAACAAUGCACUGUGGAAAUUGUAGAGAAGCAGGGCAUAACAAGACCAAAUGCACCAAUACGCCAAAGCCAAAACCUCCUAAGAAGCCACCUGGUAGACCACGGACAAGAGAGAUUCCGGAUGCUCCAGGUUGGACUGCAGGUCACAGAGAAAGUACACAGCUGCUUCUUGACAACGAGUGGAGGCCAUGGAAUGAAGAUGGAGCUGGAAACUCAUCCCAGCCAAACAAACCAUCUGGUAAAGGUCGCAAGAAACAGAAGGUCUCACUCUCUCAGCCUAUUCCUGAAGUACCAAGCCUCUCGUCUGCAGUCCCUAAGAGGAAGCGUGGUAGACCACGCAAGAACGAGGCAGAGAACCUGCCUUACUCAAAACCUGAACUUACAUCUCGUUCUAAAGAGCGUGCUUAUGACACAGGACCAAGGCUUAUUCCACAAGAAGGUUAUGGUGUUUUCACCAGUCCAGAUACCGGAGAUGACUACAUCCAACUUGGGAAGUCUGUGGUGGAUGCACGCAACAACACUAUCUUACCAAGCAGUCUUUACAAAGCAAGAGACGCUAAGAAAGCCAAAACAAAUGCCAAAAAAGCUAAAAAUUCCGGCGCCGGAUUCGCAGAAAAUUGGCUAUCCCAUUCGCAACCUUAG